CGUGAACAUAGCCGCAGCUCAGGCCUCAAUCCCCGGAGCAGAAGCAUCAGUUCGAACCGAACUCAGCAACGAAGUCGCAGCGUUGUUCGAUGUUCUUCUGUUCGCGCUCAUCGUUCACCCGCGCAGCAGCCUCCCCCCCACUCCGCGUCGAGAUCUCAGUCUCUCUCUCUCUCUCUGUUCUCUUCUCUUGUCUUCUCUUCUCUUCUUCCCCCCCCUCUCCCUCGUGGGAUCACGUUCUCUCUCUUUCUUUCGCCCCGCCACUGCAGCGAAUCGAGGCGGCAGUAACCAGGUAACCAAACCGAGUCUCCUCCGGCAGCUUUUGCGCAGCUCCUAAGUAUCCGCACACCGCGCGUUUCGUUACAAAACGCCCGGGAACCCUUCCACUGUGUUUACCUUCUCGCGGCGCGUAAUCCGGCGAUUGGCAGUCGCUGCAGCUAAGCCGGUUCGACGCGAAGUGAGAGUCGUUCAACGGCUACGCGAUUCUUGUUUCACGUACUCGCGAGCACCCGAUUUUCUACCUACGUUCCGAAGGGUUUGGACUAUUUUCUCGGCUAACCUGUGACAUUUUGCCACUUUUUACGUGGACCGCGGACUGUGCGGAACCGUUUUGUUGCCAACCGUCAUCGAGGUGAACCAGUACGAACUAUUACGACACUCUGUGUGGUGAACGGAAAGGUAGUGCCAGUGUCGUGGUUCGAUGCGGAGGUGAUAUCGAGAAGUUAACGUCGUCGAUGUGACGAACUUCGUUGUGCUGAUAACUUCAUAUCGAUGAAAAAAGAAAAUCUGUACGGAAGCCACUCGAGUACCGGUUUUUCAAAUACGUACUUAGUUGUGGUUGAAAUUAGCCAUUUUUAAAGAGCCGUAAUUAUGCGCCGAAUCUCGAACCGAUUAUCGAUCGAACGAGCGGGGCAAACCUGAUCUGGUUGACCGUUUACACGUACACGUCCUACCUGUAGUCCCACGUCGCGUCGCGUCGCGAUUAUUAUUUGGCUUCAGGAUACGGAGUCAUUUAUUUCAGUGAUGAUCAUCGCCUCGCGGUCAACGGAUCGAGUUGACUUUCGGUUGUAGAGAGAGGCGUGUGUGGGUUCCAGUGUGUUGUUUCAUAUACCUACGCGUAGAAUUUUGAAAAGUGAUCAGUUCUAUAAAAAGCCAUUAACGGCACUCUGACAUUCGCGCGAGGAAUUACCGCACGAAGCUAUCGAGGUGUUGAUCCAGCUGUUCUUCUGAGCACCGCGACCGUCGAGAUAAUAUUUUCUGUUUCUUUUCAAAUUUUCGUGCAUCAAAGAAAAUAACUGUGAAAAAGAAGAAAAAUAUGCCAAAUAUUUGCCCUAAACUCGUUCGUUGCUUGCUGCAACAAUACUCCGCGUAACGAUUAGCCAAAAUUAUACACGAGCGAGCAAUGAGAUCAGUUCUAUAUACGUAAGAUUGAUACACAAAUUGUCCGGACGAGUGAAGAAAAAUAUCAAGACACGCUCGCGAUGCAGCUAAUCAUCCAGCCUGCCGCUUAUUGUUAGCGUUAGUGACAACCCGGAACAUCCGAGCGGAUAUCGACGAUUAAAACGGUCGCUCAAUUCGUUAACAGCAUGGAAUUUGGAAGCUACAGAAGCACCGGACCCCGGGUCAGGGUUCGCCGUCGAGGUGAACUCGGCCGAAGGCUCACCAGGAGGUUGUCCCUCGUCGCAAAGGUUCCGGCAGCUAUUCUACAACGGGCGAAUCCUCCGGAGCCGAGAGCCGUUGAAAUUACCGCAAUAGCGCCGGACAAGACGCAGCUAACGUUGCCUGCCGUUUCCCCCGGACCCGUGUCCUCGGUUGUCGCUUCCGUUCUCCUCAAAUUCAGGGUCUGUCGACCGAGGCUUUUGCUCGCCGGAUCUCGGGCCGAAGUCGAUCCGGCCGCAGACGUCGCUCUUCUUCACGGCGACGUCCUUCUGAUCGAGGAUUCUGCCCGGCAGUUCAACCCAAUCGGAGACACCGACAGGCGGUAUAGAGCUACCGAGAAGCUGCUGCACGCUGAAGAUGAAUUCCGAGAGGCACUCUGCAGCGCUCGUGAAUUGUACGCUAGGCACUUGGCUCGCAAUCAUCCCGAAUUUCACGAUGUCCUUUUUCAACCACUCGCCAAUCUCGCUAUUGUCAGUGCCGAGCUCUGUCGCAGGCUCCAGGGGACCCUCGAAAGCUGGGACGCCGAAAACUUCAAGCCUGGUGAUCUCUUUCCACCCUCGUUCUGGGAGGCGUACUGGGAGUACCUGGAACGGUAUGGAACGGCUCGCCGAACGCUGGACCAACUCCAAGCCGCGGAAGACCCCCUGUUGCACUUCUUCAGGCUGAGACAAGCGGCGGCGAGGCACUCACCUUCGUCCCUGUUGCUGCUACCGGCAAGGUGCGCGGCUGGCGUCUCCUUUCCAUCCGCGGCCCGCCAGAAUAGGCCGCAUCGUGCACCGAGUAAAUACAAUCUCCGUGAUGCGGAGAACCACAGACGAAGAGGACGCGACGAAAAUUCUCGACCGACGUGGACGUAGUGCGAAGUAGGAGAA